AUGACCAAAAGUCAAGUCAAACCUGCAAAUAUACUUCUCACUUUGAAAGAAAAAGAUGAUUGUAAUGUUACAACUCUGAAGCAAGUGUAUAAUGCGAGAUAUAGGUACAAACGUUCAAUAAGAGGUUCAAGAACUGAGUUACAACAGUUAAUGUUGAUGUUGGAACGUGAUCACUACAUCCAUUUUAGUAGAUGUCUUGAUGAAUCUGAUGUGGUAAGCGAUUUGUUCUGGACCCAUCCUGAUGCUGUGAAGUUGUUAAAUUCAUUCAACAUUGUGUUCUUAAUGGAUAGUACCUAUAAAACCAACAAAUAUCGGUUGCCAUUACUUGAGAUUGUUGGUGUGACCUCAACGGGAUUAACUUUCUCGCCCGCUUUUGCAUUUUUAUCUAGUGAAAAGCAAAAUAAUUUCAUUUGGGCUCUUGAAAGGCUAAGAGGUCUAUUUAUGACGUCCGAGGGUGGUCCAGAAGUCAUUGUAACUGAUAGGGAUCUUGCUCUAAUGAAUGCUGUUGGCAUGGUGUUCCCUCAGUGUUAUCAUCUUCUAUGCCGUUUCCACAUUCAAAAAAAUGUGCAGGCAAAGUGCAAAAUGUUAGUAAAUUCUGUUGACGCAUGGGAUGUUGUACUUCAAGCCUGGGAGAAUGUCAUGGACUGUGAAGAUGAAUUAAAGUUCAACGAGUGUGUUCAUCGUCUUGAGCUUGUUAGCCAGCCAUGGCCUGUAUUCUUUGAAUAUGUUAACGACUCGUGGAUCAUUCCUUAUAAGAAAUUCUUUGUGAAGGCAUGGACGAAUAAAGUUAUGCAUUUGGGGAAUACAACAUCAAACAGGGUUGAGUCUGCUCACUGGAGUCUGAAGAAAGUUCUUGGAAGUAGUAUGGGAGACCUUUGUUCGUGUUGGGAUGGAAUUCACAACGUUAUUAUCUUGCAACACAACGAAAUUAAGGCGUCUUUUGAAAGAAGUAUAAAUCUGAUCAAUGACUCUUACAAGGCAUUGAGUUAUAGAAGAUUAGUGGGUAAUAUUUCUAGAUGUGCCUUAGAACUCCUUGCUCCAGAAUUGGAAAGAGUAAAGAAGAUUGGAUUCGAUAGUAGUCGUUGUGGCUGCAUUCUCAGACAAACUUAUGGUCUACCAUGUGCGUGUGAAUUAGCACGAUAUGAUCCUGGGAUUAUUCCUCUCCAAGAAAUUCAUGUCAUGUGGACUAGGUUGAACUUCUCCAAUGUCUCGUCUUCACAAUCUGAAGGGCAAUUAUCUAUUCAGAGGGAGGUUGAUCUACUGCUUAAUCUUUUCAAAGAAGUUGAUAUUGCAGGAAAAGUGACCAUAAAACAUAAAUUACUUGACAUAGUUAGCCCUUCCAUGACAUCGAUGUUACCACCACCGAGUAAAGUUAAGACGAAAGGUGCAGCUAAGAGUCAUAGAUCAAAGAAGUCAACCAAACGUGAUCCCUCCUAUUUUGAGCAUGUGGACGCCUUCAUAGAGUCCUCAAGACAAGACACAUUUGUUGCAAAAACAGAAAACAAGGUGAAGAGCAAACGUGUAAUUGAAGAGAAAGUAAUACCCAUGCUAGAACAGUUCAAUCCUGUUUUUCAUCCAUAUAUACUCGAUGUUGUCGAUGUUGUGGCAGACGGUCAUUGUGGAUAUAGAUGCAUUGCUGCAUUGUUGGGUAUGGGUGAGGAGUCGUGGCCUCUAAUCAGACAUGAUCUAUACAAAGAACUUAGCCAAUGGCGAGAUGAAUAUGCAACGUUAGUUGGAGGCUAUGAUCGUCUGGAAGAACUGAGAAAGUCUUUGCUAGUUCAAUCACCAUCAGGGGCUAAUCGAGACAAGUGGAUGACUAUACCAGACAUGGGGUAUGCGAUUGCUAAUCGAUAUAAUGUAAUCCUCGUGUGCUUGUCAUCAGUUCAGAAUUUGACUAUAUUCCCACUUCGUACAUCCCCACCUACUUCGCAAAGUCAACAUCGACUAAUUUGUAUCGGACAUGUUUACAAUUCUCAUUUUGUUCAGGUUCGUCUACAAGAAGGCUGUCCAUUACCGACAAUGGAUAUCAUAUCAUCUAGCAAUUGUUACCCAAAGGCAAAAGGGUGGACAUCAUUUUAUAGAGAUAGGAUGCAAGCAUUCCUAGAUUUACACAUAGUGGAUCGUAGUUAUGUAGAUCUCAUGGAAGACUGA